AUGACACGUUCAAGGACAAGAAAGCUCAAGGAAGGGUUCAACAAGGCUGUAGAGACUCUUUUAAACACUAUGGGAUUUGGAUACAUGCCAAGAAACACUCAAGGAUCUGAAAGCUUACAAGAGAGCUCGAGUGCACCCGAUUUGGACCUAAUGGAAGACUUUGCACAUCUCAGGAUCAAGGAAGAACUUCCUGCUAAAAACCAAGGUAACUCCUAA